AUGCGCGUGACUAAGGGCUGUGCUCGCUGCCGACACCGUCACGCCCGCUGCGUAGUCCCGGUCGGUGCGUCGUCAUGCUCGCGCUGUGCGCGUCUGGGCCGGCCAUGUCAUCUUGAGCCGCGCUUCCACUUCAAGCCUGUGCGCCAUAUAUACCAGCAGUGUGGUAACGCUCCAGCCCGCUUCGACCUCGUCUGGGAUGAGCAGCAGGUCUGGGUGGGGGUCACAAGGCCACAUAUAUGCGAACCCCAGGCUUACUUCGGUACUGAAGUUCCACGCCGAGCACUCGAAGAACCAAUGCUCCUGAAAGCCCUCCUAGCACUUGCUGCCCGACAUGAUGCCAUAUUGACGAAUGGGAGCGAGUGUGAAGCGUCAACCUUUCACGGAGAGUGUCUGCAGCUGCUCAUCGUCGCCCUAAACCAACCGGAGGAGAACUAUGACGACAAUCUUCUCACCACCGUGGUUGUACUGCGUUUCUACGAAGAGCUGGAGAGGACAACCGACAGGAAAUGCCACCUUCUCGGGUCCAACCGCCUACUCAAUCUCAUGUCUCGCUCGGCGUCGUCCGGAGGAUUAGCCGAAGCAGUGAGCUGGCAAUUCUUGCGCCAGGCUAUUUACUCAUCUAUAGCCCAGUAUGAGCCAAUACAACUGGAUUUGCGAAAUUACGAGCGUUCCUCGGUCUUCCAUCGCGAUGACGAUGCCGCCCGCGCGAAUGCCAUAAUCUUUUUCUGCGCAUGCAUACUUCAGCUAUGCUGCGCUGUGCCAGGGUACGCCAUUGACCGAAAAAGCUGGCAGCGUCUGACAGAUUGUGUGGAGGAGUGGCACUGCAAUAAGCCGAGGAGCUGGCAACCACUUCGAUAUCAGCCCCCCGGUUUGUCUGCGGAUCAACCGUUUCCUGAACUAUGGAUCAUCUCACCCCCUGCUGUGGUCGGUUUGCAAUAUUAUCACGCCUCCAAGAUAUUUCUCACACUGUCAGAUGCGCCGUCACAGCGGAUGACGGAUUAUGAAACGUCGCAAGCGCGACUCAUCGCAGAGAAAACGAUUGCGGGCCAUCUCGUGGUGGCCAUUGGACUGUCUUUAUCGAAUGACAGCGUUCAAAAUAGCUACUAUAUCGCCUCGCACUUGCUCCAACGCUUUGGAUAUUGCUUGCAGCAGCCGGCUGAGCAACAAGGAGCACUGCGUUUCCUGUCUCGUGUAGAGAAGAAGCUCGGAUGGCGCACUUCAUGGACUGGGCGAGAUCUAGAGCGACAGUGGAGGGAUCGUGCGAAUCUUUCCUCGGGGGCUAAUUGA